UGUGGCUCAUUACGGCGCUGCUGGUUCAAAUAAUUGACUCGAAUAAGUGGAGCGGAGACACACAAUGGAGGAGAGUACGGCUCGGAGACGCUGCUGAAAGGCUUGUCUGCAGACUACACACCGAGCAUCGUCCUCCUGGAGUGAAACGAGGUUACAGAUAGUUUGGAUAGUCUCGUCUCUGUUUUUUUUUUCUUCUCUUUUUCAACCGUUUUUGCCUGAAAAGUGAACCCGGACAUUAAACGCUGCAACACACCAAGAGGUCACCAUGCCUCCCACGACUCCGUACGCCGGGAAGUUCGGCUCCUGUGCUCCUUAUGGGAACAACAACCACCACCACCCUCAGCCCCAGAGUCCGUAUCGCAGCAACUCCGUCCCCAAACCCGGGAGGGAAAACGUCUUCAACGGCGCCUGCUCCGCCGCCGACAACCCCUACGACGUACCGCAGCAUCACAGCGCCUACCGCAGCGCCUCGGUCUCCUCCGUGACGGCGAAGGAGCGUCACUACGCGUCUGAGAACCCGUACUCCUCGCCGCCGCCCCACAGCCCUCGGCAGCACAGCACUUCCUGUCCCGGCCGAGCGUACCGCCACACCAGCAGCAGCAGCGGCAGCGAGCAGUCCUGUCGGAACAACAACAACGCUGCCGCCGCCGCCGCCGCCAAAGCUCGGCUCUACGGACACGGCAUCACCGCCAGCUACGGGGAGAUGUGUUACCAUGACAACAGCUUGGUCUCAGCAUCACUGGAGGCGCUGAUCCAGCACCUGGUUCCCACCGUGGACUACUACCCCGAUAGGUCAUACGUGUUCACCUUCCUGCUGAGUUCACGCCUCUUCCUGCACCCCUACGAGCUCAUGACCAGGGUUUGUCACCUGUGUGUGGAGCAGCAGCGAUCCGGAGAUGCCCUGCUGGAUAAGAUCCGUUUCCGUGAAGUGGCGCCGAAGCUGGUGCAGCUCCUGACCGAGUGGACGGAGACGUUUCCGUACGACUUCAGGGACGAGAGGAUGAUGCGAUGCCUCAAGGACAUGACGCACCACGUGGCUCGAGGAGAUGAGUAUUCCUGGCGAGCCAUGCAGCAGAUGACCCAGCGCCUCAUCAAACGCCUCUCCGCCCUCGGUCAGUACGAGGAGGCUGUCGCCGCCCUCAACGCCGUGGCGAUGGAGCGACCGGCGUCCCUGAAGAGCAAGCAGGGCUCGGCUCAGCGGAGCGACGUACUGAGCGUGUGCGACGACCCCUUCGUCCUCGCCCAGCAGCUCACGCACAUCGAGCUGGAUCGGCUGAGUUUUAUCGGUCCUGAGGAGUUCAUCCAGACGUUCGCCAUGAAGGAUCCUCUGGAGAACCAUAAGGGUUUCUUCCGGAAGCGUAAAACCAGCAACCUGGAGGCCUACGUCAACUGGUUCAACAGGCUCAGCUACCUGGUGGCCACAGAGAUCUGCAUGCCGGUGAAAAAGAAGCACAGAGCGCGGAUCAUAGAGUUCUUCAUCGACGUGGCUCAGGAGUGCUUCAACAUCGGCAACUUCAACUCCCUCAUGGCCAUCAUCACUGGCAUGAACAUGAGUCCUGUGGCCAGACUGAAGAAAACCUGGAACAAAGUCAACACGGACAAGUUUGAGAUCCUGGAGCACCAGAUGGAUCCGUCCAGUAACUUCAGUAAUUACCGCACGGCGCUCCGCGGCGCCACCCAGAGGUCUGAGACGGCACACAGCAGCCAGGAGAAGAUCGUGAUUCCGUUCUUCAGUCUGCUCAUUAAAGACAUCUACUUCCUGAAUGAAGGCUGUUCCAGCAGGCUGCCCAACGGACACAUCAACUUUGAGAAACUGUGGGAGCUAGCGAAACAAGUGAGUGAGUUCCUGGUCUGGCGUCAGGUCAUUUGUCCGUUCGACAGGGAUCGUCGGAUCCUCCAGUAUCUGGUCACCACGCCUGUUUUCAGUGAAGACGAGCUGCAUCUGGCCUCGUAUGAGAGCGAAGGACCCGAGAACAACAUGGAGAAGGACAGUAGGAGGUCUUUAAGAUCUUCCCUCCUCCAUCGAGAGAAUCGAUCUUAAGAGAACGACGGCCUGAACGCUACAGAUCCCUCCUCCAUUUCUACAUUUCUGUGGCCAAUUUUUAAGUCUUGCACUUACACAAACACUGAUCUACAGGAAAAUCAAACUGGCUGGGACCACAUCAUCCUCACAGAUAAUUACGAGGUUUGAGACCAACGAGGAGCAGAAAUGAUUUAUACAUCAGACGCUGUGUCUUCAUGAAGAUGCCAAAGAAUCUCAGAGCUGCAAACAUUAUUCUAACCCUGAGAGCUGGCAGGUCUUCAGACGGAAGUCAUUCCUGAACCUCAUGAUUCUCAAGAAGAUAGCCUGGAUUAUUGAUUAAACCAUCAGCCGAGGCACGUAGACGACGGCAGGAUCGGCUUAAACCAGGGGUGUCAAAUCAUCCGAGUUCAGGUUCCACAUUCAGCCCAGUUUGAUCAAAAGUAAAAUCACAGAAUAAUAACCAAUAAAUAACCACAACUCCUAAUGUUUCCUUUGUUUUAGUGCAAAAAAAUGACAGUGAAAAAGAGAAAAAGAACAAAAACAUGACAAAGUAUUACAAAAAUGAAACAUAACAACAAAUGACAAUUACAAUGAGACAAAAAAUGACAAAAACGAGACACAAAAUGAGAAAAAUGUGAGACAAACGAUAAGAAACGCACAUAAAAUCACUAAAAACAACAAAAACACGACAAAAUGAGACAAACGACACAAAACAAAAGAGACAAAUAAUGAUGAAAAAGUUACAAAGCGGCAAAAAAAUGGACAAAAGUGAGAUUAAAAAACAAAACGAUACGAACAAUACACAAAACAGUGAAGAGAAACACAAAACGAAAAAAGUCAGACAAAAUAAACAACAAAAGCAAAAUAUGAAAAAAAUGAGACAAUAAAAUGAACAAUCUAGUAUUUUGCUUUCUGAUUCAAACAACUUACCAUGGUCUAGAAAUUAUUUUAAAUGUAUAGGUUUACUAAUUUACAAUCUGCAGUUAAUGUCUUCUCUGUAGUUUUUACACUUUGAGGGCCGGAUUGGACCCUCUGGAGGACCACUUUUGGACCACGGGCCUCAUGUUGGACACCCCUGGUUUAAAGGUUCGUGUCUCCUGUGGACGUCCAUCACAGCAACACUAACUUCCUGUUGUGGGAGGACUUUUACUCUGGACGCUGGAUUGUUGAGGAACAACAGGAAGAGAAGUGGAAGAAAAGCUGAUUUGCAUCGAUCUGUAUCAUAUUUAACGGCUGCUUUCAGGAGCGCUGCUGCUGCUUCAUGUUCCGUUGAGAGCUUCAGAACCGCAUCUCAUCCGUCAUUUUAAGCUCUUAUCGAACAGCCACGCACACAUUCAGACGGUGGUUUUCUGUGCGAUUUGGUUCUUUAAAUCUUGUGAUUUGUGCACUUCGGCGCUAUGACGCAGAACUGUGUGAGAUGACGGCAGCAUCGUUCUAAUCGCGCUAAAAAUGCUCGAGCGUGUUCUCGUGUAAUGAAUUCUCGGACUCGGUGACCCCGGCUCGUUUCUAUACUCUAGUAUUAAGUCGUAUUUUGUAUCAGAAGGUUGAAAAUGUGUUUUUUUUCUCCGUGAGCUUGUUGCUGGCUGGCUGGCUCUGUGUUAGUAAGCUACCAUAUUUUGUAAAUUCAGCACCAGUAUAAGAGAAAAUGUGUUUUUUUGGUGUGAAUGAAGCUCGAGUAGGAAGUUCAUGUCUUUGGUGACGUGAUCCUUUAAAGUGAUGCUACUUUUAUUUUUUGUAUGUUUUAAAGUCAAAUACGCUCAUUUCCUGUUUCAUUUUGUCAUACAGUAUAUGCUUUUUUAAAUAUCUUUUUUGUGUAUCGUUUGUCGGGUACUUUGUGAAAAGAGAAUUAUAUUUUUUUCUUUCAAAUAAAUAGAACA